GCUUUUGCUGAAUUUGCCCAGUACGCCCUGCUUGGUUUCACCUUGAAUCUAUUAAAACCUCGUAGCUUUAAUGGAAAAAGCGACGAACGCAGCAUUUUUUGUGAAGUAUAUAUCCCAAUACUCAAAGCUUUUGGCAACUGCCUUAGCGUAUUGAACUAUACAUGGUUUGAAAAGAAAGCAAAGGAUGCUGAUUACGUCUGGCUUGUUUCAAAUGAUUUCUCCAAGGAAAAGAAGGAUAAUCUAAAACUACUUGAUGGCGUUGGCACCUUGGCGAAAGUUGAUAGUACCUACCUAGUAAUGGAAAGCAGCGGCUUUAGCAAUGACAAGGUGGUCUCUCAUUCCCUUAACGACACUCUCAAGAAUAUCAAGAACGGCCAUGAACAUUUAAAGUUAAUCACCGCAAAAUUUCUAUCGCGUCAGUACCGCAAUGCCUCUUUUGACACCAUUAAGAAAGUGAACAUUUUCUCUUGCCAAAUCAUUAAGAACAAGAUUACUCUGAUCAAAUACGCUGUCAAAUCUCGAUCAACUUGGAAAGUCGUUGAUUGUCGUUCAGCUUCAGUACCACUCAAUAUUGAGAACAGUCUCGAUUAUAUGAGAGUUUUUGAACUCUUCGCAUUCAUGUUGGUAAAACAACAAUCUGUCUCCAAACAGCUAAAACAGGAGAACUUGGGCCUGGCGCCUGUGUCCGAAGACGAAACUGUAGCCCAUUGCCUGUUGUAA